CGACAAUUAAGGGACAUUCAUGAUUGAUGCCAUUCUUGUCAGUCUUAAGACUGUCAUUCCUGAUUGCCAUGAAGGGUUCGCUUAAUGUUUUAUAUACCUCUUUGUAAGCACCCUCUUUUGAAAACACCGUAUUUUGAAAUCGAUCUUGGUAAUGUACGAAAAAAGGGUGUGAUAACGAAUCUUGUGUUUAUAAGUUUGAUUUCAAAAUUUUCAAGAUGAAUCAACCAGACAGAGUAGGCCAGGAAUUGUCAGACUUGAGACUUUUUAGGACUGUAUUCUAUUAUUGUAUAAUAAUAAUUGCCUUACCGGUCAUAACGUUUUUUGGAUCAAAACUACUCAUAUUUGACAGCAUUGGCUUGUCAAGUGUGUCAAGUAAUGUUUAUUCUGCUGUCUCAUCCAUUGCAGUUCUACAUAUAGCUUUGGGUUUAUACAUUUACCGGGCUUAUUCAGAAACUAAACCUAGCAAACAGGAUUAAAGUUAUUUAUUCAAUUUUUAUAUUAUUUAUAAUUUAAAAGUUUACGAUUUCGGAGUUUGGAAGUUAAUGUAAAUAUAUUUAAAAAGUAUUCACAUCACUAAAUUAAGAAAUGUUCGCUGAUAUGUUAUUCAGUUGUAGACUCGAUACAAUGUAAAUAUGUUGUAUGAUUUUAAAUUAUAAGAUAAAAUUAAAUUUGAUCUUUAUAAUAAAAGCCUUUUUCAUUUUGUAAUACUUAUUUUUGUUACUGCCGUUAUAUAAAAUUAUUCUAUUCUGUUGUUAAUGAUCAGUUCAUCAAAUUCAUUUUGGGUUAUUGUAUUAUUUAUUCCUUCAUUAUGGUUUAUUGUAGUUCUUAUGGUGUGUUUAAUUUUUCAAACUAUGGGAAACACAAUUACCUAACUUAACAAAUAUCAGCAUUAUUGUCGCAGUAAACUAUUUAUUUUAUUCUUCUUUAUACUGACAGCAGAUGGAAAAUAUUAAAAACAAGAAACAAAAAUACUAGCUAGUAAAAUAACCAUUUAUAUAUUUGUUUGUUCCCCAGUUUGUGAAAUGUCUUAAUGAACCUUUAAUAACACAUUACAAACAUUAAUGAUAUAGUGAUAUUUCUUAGCAAAUAUAUUUCUAUAGUCAGAGGGAGUAACUUGGGUAAGUCAAGAAUGGUUCUAAUGAGUUGCGAUUUGUAGAAGGCUUCUCUGAUGAUAAUGCUUAUAACUUAUAGGGACCAUUUUUAUGUUUACUGCGUUAUUCCCCCUGUGACCAUAGAUUUUUUUGUAACUAUUUAUUUUUAAUGGCUAACUUAUUCUUGAGGAUUGUAUUAAUAACUUCAAUUUAUUCAAAAUUAGCGUAAUUGUUCCUUAUGAGCUAAACAUGCCUCAAAACUAAUUGAAUUGAUUAGUUGUAAAUUUAGGUUGGCUAAUGUUCUAUAUAUUUCAUUUUUUGUCUGGAAGCCAUUUGCUAAUAAUUUUCCUUUUACUUAUGGAGUUUUAAGUUAAUAUUAAUCAUCAAGUAAUUUCUUAGUUUGGUAUGUACAUUAUUUAUUGAAGAGAAGAACCCAAUUAAUAAAGUAACUCGUGGGUUUGUUUUAUUUUAUGUAAAACAUAAUAUGAACCUAUAUUUAUAAAAAAAAAAAAUGUAAUCUAUAAUGAACGAAUUUUUUUUAUUACAUAAAUGCCCCUUUGAUGUUAUAUGAUUGUAUAAAAUGAGAAAUGUAAACUUUUUUAUGUAAUACACAUAAAACGUGGAUAGAUGUUAUUUUAAAAUAUACUUCUCGUUUUAUAUAUUUUUAACUUUCAGUGAACCAUUAUUUUGUAAUAGUGACUUGAUUUUUAUUAAAAAUUUUUAU